CCAUCUGGCCACACCACAUCGAUGUUUCCUUUUUGCAGCAACUUUUUGCAGAAAAAAAAAGAAAACAAAUCGGAAAAAGACGGAAGUGAGUGUUUUCUGCUGCCGCCGGUGAUGUGUUGAAAUCGCCUCGCCAAGAUAGUCAAAGUGAAUACCCGUUUGCAAGCCGAAGUAAUCGAGAAAACAAACAAAGAGCAAACAUGGCACUGAAGAAAGUGAAGGGUAACUUUUUCGAGCGUAUGUUUGAUAAAAACCUCACCGAUUUAGUGCGCGGCAUUAGGAACAACAAGGAUAAUGAGGCCAAAUACAUAUCGACGUGCAUCGAGGAGAUUAAACAGGAGCUGCGACAGGACAAUAUCAGUGUCAAAUGCAAUGCGGUGGCCAAGCUGACCUACAUACAAAUGUUGGGCUACGACAUCUCCUGGGCAGGCUUCAACAUCAUCGAAGUGAUGAGCUCGUCCAGAUUUACCUGCAAGCGAAUUGGUUACCUGGCGGCCAGUCAAUGUUUUCAUCCGGAUAGUGAGCUGCUCAUGCUGACCACGAACAUGAUUCGCAAGGAUCUCAACUCACAGAACCAAUACGAUGCGGGUGUGGCAUUGAGUGGAUUAAGCUGCUUUAUAUCACCCGAUCUGUCCCGCGAUUUGGCCAAUGAUAUUAUGACAUUGAUGAGCUCAACAAAACCGUAUCUGCGCAUGAAAGCCGUCCUUAUGAUGUAUAAAGUAUUUUUACGCUAUCCCGAAGCAUUGAGACCUGCAUUUCCCAAACUCAAGGAAAAACUAGAGGAUCCAGAUCCAGGUGUUCAAUCAGCUGCCGUGAAUGUUAUUUGUGAGUUAGCGCGUAAGAAUCCAAAAAACUACCUGCCCCUGGCGCCGAUCUUCUUCAAGCUAAUGACCACAUCGACAAACAAUUGGAUGCUGAUCAAGAUCAUCAAGCUGUUUGGCGCUUUAACCCCCUUAGAACCCCGGCUAGGAAAGAAAUUAAUAGAACCACUCACAAAUCUAAUUCAUAGCACCUCGGCGAUGAGUCUCCUGUACGAGUGCAUCAACACGGUGAUCGCGGUGCUCAUCAGCAUCAGCAGCGGCAUGCCCAACCACAGUGCCUCCAUCCAGCUUUGUGUGCAGAAGCUGCGCAUUCUCAUCGAGGAUUCGGACCAGAACUUGAAAUACCUUGGACUGUUGGCCAUGUCGAAGAUCCUGAAGACGCAUCCGAAGAGCGUGCAGGCGCACAAGGACCUAAUCCUCGCCUGCCUGGACGACAAGGACGAAUCGAUUCGUCUGCGCGCCUUGGAUCUGCUGUACGGCAUGGUCUCCAAGAAGAAUCUAAUGGAGAUCGUCAAGCGAUUGCUGGGCCACAUGGAGCGGGCGGAGGGCUCGGCGUAUCGAGACGAAUUGCUCUACAAGGUGAUCGAGAUAUGCGCCCAAAGUUCCUACCUGUAUGUGACCAAUUUCGAGUGGUAUCUCACGGUGCUCGUGGAGCUGAUUCAACUGGAGGCGGGCUCACGGCACGGCCGUCUCAUUGCCGAGCAGCUGCUUGACGUGGCCAUCCGUGUGCCGGUGGUGCGGCAAUUCGCUGUCAACGAGAUGACCAACCUGCUGGACACGUUCACCGUCUCGACGCAGAGUAACUCCAUGUACGAGGUGCUCUAUGCCGCCGCCUGGAUUGUCGGCGAGUUUGCCGGCGAGCUGGAGGAUGCAGAGAAGACGCUCAACAUUCUGCUCCGUCCAAGGCAACUGCCCGGCCACAUCCAGGGUGUCUAUGUGCAGAACGUUAUCAAGCUGUUCGCUCGCCUGGCCACCACCUGCUUGGAGCUUCAGGAUCUGCCGGGUUUGGUUAGGCUUUGUGACCAUGUCCUGGAUAAGCUGCAACAUUUCAAUGGCUCCAGCGACAUUGAGGUGCAGGAGAGGGCCAACUCCGCCUACAUGCUGAUCGAGAUGCUGCGCAAUCAGUUGACCACGACGGACGAUGCCAUGGCCAUCGAUAUGACGACAGAUGGCGGCGCCAUUCCGCCACUGGCCAUCGAGAUUGUCCAGGAGAUGACGCUGCUGUUCGCUGGCGAGCUAAUACCGGUGGCGCCCAAGGCGCAGCGCAAAGUGCCCCUGCCGGAUGGCCUCGAUCUGGACGAGUGGAUCAAUGCACCGCCGCCGGAGGAUGCGGCGAGCAGUUCGUCUUCGGAGCACGACAAGGAUGAGCUCUUUGUCAGUGCCUCACAGGGCGGCACUGGAAUGGAGGGCAGUGGCAGCAUUGGCGGUGGCGGCGGCGGCGGCGGCAAGCGGCGCCAGAGUCUGGAGCUGACGCCAGAGCAACUGGAGCGACAGCGGAUGGCCCGCCUCAUGGAGCAGUCGAACAAUCCGCACUACCUCAAGUCCACGCCAACGGCGAGCGGUGGCUCCGCACAUGCGGAUCAGUAUGACAAUAUCGAUGAUAUACCCAUCACGGAGCUGCCGCUGGACAUGGAGGGCGUGGCCGCUCUGCGCGUGGGCAUAACCAAGCGAUCGGACAAAUAUCUGCAGGAGCAGCAGGCAUCGUCACAAAGCGGCAAAGAUGGCAAGAAAAAGCAUAAAAAGGGCAAGAAGAGCAAAAAGGCUAAGAACAAAGUGGCAUACAAUAGUAGCUCCGAAUCGGAAGGUGAACCGAAACCCUUGCACAUCGUGAACACCACGCUGGACAUGCCCGAAGGUGUCUCCAUGUCGGACAGCGAGGACAAGGACGGCAAAUACGAUCCAAAUGAUCCGCAUCGAGCCCUGGACAUUGAACUGGACAUAACGGACUUCGAGGCGCCCGCGGUAAAAUCGUCGUCCAAGAAGUCAGCGGCGGGUAAAGAGAAUCUCAAGGUGCCGCCGGAGUUGGCCGGCAGCAGUAGCUCCUCCAAAAAGGACCGGAAAAAGGACAAGGAUAAGGAUAAGGAGAAGGAGAAGGACAGAAAGAUGAAACACCGGGAAAGUAAGCGGGAUCGCAAAGAGGCCGCUGUCGCUGAGCCGGUGAUCGAUCUCAUCGAUGCCGACACGCCCACUCCUAGUCCCAGCCACCGGUCCAUCGCCCCCAGCAACAGCAACAGCAACGACAACAACAACACUUCAAACGUCCUUCCAGAUGCCGAUGUCGUUGCCGUCGCAAAGCAUCAUAAAAAAAAGAAGAACAAGGAGAAGUCGUCGCGGGAAGCAUCGUCAAUGGCCAUCAUCGAUGUGGCGGGGGUGGAGGUGGAAACGGAGGAGUUGGAGGAGCAGCAGGUGGCCUCCAAGGCGCACAAGAAGAAGCAUAAAAAGGAGAAGUCGCAGCGCAAGGAGAAAAAGGCUUCCGAAUCUGCAUCAGCAUCCGUAUCCGUAUCCGCAAACGUAACCGCAAACGUAACCGCAAGCGCAACCUUAGGCGCCAGCGAUUACGAACAGCCACUGGGAAUCUCAACGCCCAGCAAAGAGAUUUUUUAAUUGCUAAGCUCCAAGUUCCACUCUUAUAAUUAUUAUUAUUACUAUUAUUACGAUUGUGUGUGUGUGUCGAUUCAUUACGCGUUUAUGCAAAAGAAAGAGAAGACUUUCCAUUUUCGUUAAGUUGAAACUAUUGCCUCCCAACAACAACAAAAAAAAAAGAAACUAAACAAAUUAUCGCUGCGAUAUAAAAACAAAACCAAUAUUGAACAAAUUG